AUGUCCUACACCCACUCGACCGUCUCGGAGCCCGAGUUUGAGCAGGCCAAGAGCGAGAUCUUCAACACCCUCGCCCCGCUCUUCAAGAAGCGCCCGGAGCUCGAGAACGCCUUCAAGGUCCUCGCCAUCCCCGAGCGCAUCAUCCAGUUCCGCGUCACCUGGGAGGACGACAAGGGCAACUGCCAGGUCAACAACGGCUUCCGCGUCCAGUUCUCGUCGGUCCUCGGCCCGUACAAGGGCGGCCUCCGUCUCCACCCGUCGGUCAACCUGUCCAUCCUCAAGUUCCUCGGCUUCGAGCAGAUCUUCAAGAACGCCCUCACCGGCCUCCACAUGGGCGGCGGCAAGGGUGGCUCGGACUUUGACCCCAAGGGCAAGUCGGACAGCGAGAUCCGCCGCUUCUGCGUCUCCUUCAUGCGCGAGCUGUCCCGCCACAUCGGCCAGGACACGGACGUCCCUGCCGGCGACAUCGGUGUCGGCGGCCGCGAGGUCGGCUUCCUGUUCGGCGCGUACAAGCAGAUCCGCAACGAGUGGGUCGGCGUCCUCACGGGCAAGGGCUACGACUUUGGCGGUUCCAAGAUCCGCCCCGAGGCGACCGGCUACGGCUGCGUGUACUACGCCGAGGAGAUGAUCCGCCACGCUCGCGGCGAGGACUUCAAGGGCAAGCGCGUCGUCAUCUCGGGCGCCGGCAACGUCGCCCAGUUCGCGGCGCUCAAGGUCAUCGAGCUCGGCGGCGUCGUCUGCUCCCUGUCCGACUCGAAGGGUGCGCUCGUCGCGACCGGCGACGAGGGCCUGUCGGCCGACUUUAUCAACGAGGUCGCCGAGCUCAAGCUCAAGGGCGGCUACCUCAAGGACCUGUCGGCGCCCAAGGGCUUCAAGUACGAGGAGGGCGCCCGUCCGUGGAAGCUCGUCUCCAAGGUCGACGUCGCGCUCCCGUCCGCGACCCAGAACGAGCUCGACAAGGAGGACGCCGAGGCGCUCCUCGCCGCCGGCUGCGGCUUCGUCGCCGAGGGCGCCAACAUGCCGUCGACGCUCGAGGCCAUCGAGGUGUUCGAGGCGUCGCGCAAGGACAAGGGCGCCAAGGGCGUCUGGUACGGCCCGGGCAAGGCCGCAAACUGCGGCGGCGUCGCCGUGUCCGGCCUCGAGAUGGCCCAGAACUCGGCCCGCCUGCAGUGGACCGAGGAGGAGGUCGACCAGAAGCUCAAGGACAUCAUGGUCAACUGCUUCAACCAGUGCCUCGAGACCGCCCAGGAGUUUGCCGCCGAGGGCGAGCUCCCUUCCCUCGUUUCCGGCGCCAAUAUUUCGGGCUUCACCAAGGUCGUCAACGCUGCCGCUGCGCAGGGCGACGUCUGGUUCUGAGCGCGCGGCCUCGAGCCGACGAAAAAGGGACGCUCGGGCGCCGUCGGCGACGGUCCCGGUCCCUCGGCGUCUUCCAACGCGACGAGCGGGCUCUCUCUUCUCUCCUCCACUCCCUCUCUCUCUCUCUCUGCAUGGGCCGCUAGACCUGGUUCCCUCUCAGUUGUUGCCACUCCUUGUCUUUCCUCGCCCUCCUUCCUCCCCUCUCGCCUCGACUUUCCUCUUUCUCGCCCGUCUCGAAGCGCUCGACGCCACCUCUUCUAUUGCAAUGAGUUCAGUUGUGCAGUACUCU